AUGUCUCAACCUUGUGUCUCCAUUAUGAGCAAACACUCCAAAGAGCAAUCAAACCCUAAAAAUAUUGGUACUAAGAUAGAUCUCUCUAAUGUCAUUACUGAUGUUGUUCCCCUAUCGAUCGUUCCUGUCCAUGCAACUCCUAUGAGAAAGGCUAAAACUUCUUCUUCAAGGAAAGGCAAGCCUUCUAAAGUAAGUACCUCUUCCACUCCUUCCAUGAUUGCUAGAAAUAUGAAUGCUCCUGAACCCCCAACUAUGUUAAAGCCUCUGAAAACAGUAAUAGACCUAGACUCUGAUGAUAUUACCAUCGGUCAAAGACUGGCUCCUGGGAUAGCUAAAAGGUUGAAGAACAGAAAAUGUCAAGCUAUUGGAUCCUCUAACACACCCUCCAAGUCUGUCAGGAAAAGAGCUAGUGUUAGUCCCACAAAAAGAUGGAACAAGGUGGUUACUCCCGUUCCUAAGAAGAAAUCCCUGAAAAGGAAGGAAGUUCCUUCUGAGUCUAGUUAUUCUGACCAUGAUGUCAAACAUAAUUUUCAGGACAUCAUCUCUACUUCCAUAAAGCAAACCCAUGGGAAGAAGAUACCAGCUAAUAUCCCUGAAGUUCCAUUUGACAACAUUUCAUUUCACUCUGUGGAGAAUGUUGAAAAAUGGAAAUUUAUUUAUCAAAGAAGAUUAGCAUUGGAAAGGGAAUUGGGGAAAUAUGCUUUUGAAUGUAAAGAGGUGACGAGUCUGAUUCAAGAGGCUAGAUUAAUGAAAACUGUAAUUGGUUUUGGCAAGUGUUAUGAAAUACUUGUCAAAGAAUUUAUCGUGAAUAUCUUCAAGGAAUGUGACAACAAGAGGAGCAAGGAGUUUAGAAAAGUCUAUGUCAGAGGAAGAUGUGUGGAUUUUUCUCCUAAAAUAAUCAACAGGUUCUUGGGCAGAAAUGAAGAAGAACAAGCUGAAAUUAAAGUCUCUGACAAUGUCAUCUGCAAAGUUUUUACUGUUAAGCAAGUGAAGGAAUGGCCAAGAAAAGGGAAACUGUCUACUAGUGCCUUGAGUGUCAAGUAUGUGUAA